UGCUGACCCGUCUUUGGAAGUACGCGGCCGAGGUGAUGAACUCCGAAUACCUUCUGCACGCGGGCGUCUUCGCGAUGGUCGAAUUCGACGACGACAUAUUCGCGGCCGGCAACUGCUACGAUAAAUACCAAUACAAGGACUACUGGCUGUUCUGUCCGUAUGCCUAUCGUCUGCCCGAGGGACCCAUACUUGUCAAGGAUCUCGCCGUAGAGUACAAGUACCUGAAGAACACAAGCGAGUGGUUCUAUAUCGCGCGGAAAAACGCCGAGCGCGUCAUCAGGAACUAUAAUCAGUUCAGUAAAGGAUUCAACACGUACACGUGGAACAGCACGGCACACACGGAUCGAGUGCCUGAUGAGAUUCUGAGCGUGACGUAUGAAGACGGCAAAUGGAGUAAGCCGUAUUACGACUGUGGCGGAGGCAACAUAUGGAUGCUCACCUACACGGUCCCUUUUUUCGGCUUCCAGAACGGAUCCUACUUCUUCAAGGGAACGAGUGGAAUUGACAUUGAUUUACGUCGUGUUGACAUCGACCAGUGUCCCCUCCCUCCUGGCAGCACCCAACUCAACAUCUUUGCAGCCUCCGAUAAGUGCAAGAAGAGAACUACUUAUUGUGUACCAAUCCCAGGCCUGGGAUUUCGACGAGGCAGUUACCAAUGCAUGUGUCGACGCGGCUUCUAUCUGCCACCUCAGUUCUCGUUUAAUCGAUACUACAACGGGACGGUCAUCGAAGAGGAAUUCGAAAAACUCAUGCUGGGCGAGGAGAGUCAGUACAAUAAAUCGGGCAUUUUUGAAUGCUUGCCAUGUGCUGAGGGCUGCGAAGUGUGCAGAGACGCCAGCCCCUGCGUCGUGUCGCUCAACUGGAUUAUGCGAUCCGCCAUCUUGAUUCUAUCGUGUGUCAUCAUUUGCUGUCUGCCCAUCGUGGCUCUGUUCACCUGGAAGUACAGCGAUGUCAAGGUUGUGCGAGCAGCUAGCCCGGUGUUGUUGCGAGUUAUUGCAUUGGGAGCAUUCUUCAUCUACUGUACGACUAUAGUCAUGUACCCCCGGCCUAACGUCUUCACGUGUACUGCUCGUAUUUGGCUGAGAGAGAUUGGCUUUUCUCUUACCUAUGGUGCUCUUAUGCUGAAAACAUGGAGGAUAUCGGUGAUCUUUCGAGUGCGGUCGGCGAAAGCGGUGAAGAUCACAGACGUGGACUUGCUGAAGCGGGUGGGGGUAAUUGUGGCGGUGUUCUCUGCCCUCCUGGCCAUCCGCACCCUGGUGGCCCCCCCUCAUGUCAUCGUGGCCCGCACCGCAGAUGACCUCAAGGCCUACCUCUGCAACACUGACUGGUGGGACCACUCAUUCUCCAUAAUGGAGGUUAUGCUGUUAGUGUGGGGUAUUCGACUGUGCAUAGUGGUCAGAAAAGCGCCUUCAGAGUUCAAUGAGAGCCGCUUCAUAUCAAUGGCCAUCUACAAUGAGUUCCUUCUAUCUGUGUUCCUCAAUGUUUCUAUGUUGUUUCUUCAGUCACCAGCGAAUCCUGAUCUCCUGUACAUUAUAUUCUUUUGCCACACUCAGCUGACUGUGACCCUGUUAUUGUGCCUGAUAUUUGGAAGCAAGGCUUACAUGGUAUUCAAAGGCCAAGAAUCGGACAGCUCAUCUAGUGCAACCUACAAAGCGACAAGCAAUAAAUAUUUCAAUAAGCCAAGAUCUGUGAACUCACAGUACAAUGUGUCUAUCAACUCAUCAGCUGGAGCAUUGGACCAGACUUCCAUAACGGAGAAAGAUGUACAGGACGAAUUCCGCCGACUCUACACACAGCUAGAGAUGCUACGAGAGAUGAACAUGCGCUCGGGCAACCGACAUUUGGCCGCAAAAAUUUCGGCAAUGCAAGAAGCGGCACGUGACUUCCAGGAUGAAAACCAUCCUUCUGAAACCAUCACUGCCAUGGAAAUGUCAAACUGCAAGGCGCCCACGUUGAGCUGUGUCGGUGGAGGAGGCGUAGGAGGAGGAGUAGGAGGAGUUGGUGGAGGCGGAGGAGACGCACCAGAAGACACCGCGGAAGAAUCUUUACCACAAACACAUCCGCUCCAGACCACAAAGUCUCCGCCGUUGGGAAAAAGUAGUCCCAACACGUUGGGUGUGAAGUCGGGACACGCGAGGACACACACCAUUGUGAUAAAUCUGGACGACAAGAGUCGGUUCACCGAGGAGGACGAAUUCCGCCGACUCUACACACAGCUAGAGAUGCUACGAGAGAUGAACAUGCGCUCGGGCAACCGACAUUUGGCCGCCAAAAUUUCGGCAAUGCAAGAAGCGGCCCGUGAUUUCCAGGAGGAGAACCAUCCUUCUGAAACCAUCACUGCCAUGGAAAUGUCAAACUGCAAGGCGCCCACGUUGAGCUGUGUUGGAGGAGGAGGCGUAGGAGGCGUAGGAGGAGGAGGAUUAGGAGUAGGAGGAGGUGGUGGUGGCGGAGUAGACGCACCAGAAGACACCGCGGAAGAAUCUUUACCACAGACACAUCCGCUCCAGACCACAAAGUCUCCGCCAUUGGGAAAAAGUAGUCCCAAUACGUUGGGUGUAAAGUCGGGACACGCGAGGACACACACGAUUGUGAUAAAUCUGGACGAUAAGAGUCGGUUCACCGAGGAGGUUACUGUCUGAUGCUUGUGGCUGGACAACGCUUAAGUAGGGUUUACAUUGGUCAAGUUUACUUGAAUUCAGGUUUUUUUAAGGUUUGGGUUGGAUGGGUGAUUUUGAGAACUUGGUGCUGGUUGUACAGAAGCCUUUU